CCUCCUCCUCCUCCUCCUUCUCAUCAUCAUCCUCCUCCCAUCCUUGGACACACCCUGCCGAGGAUCACUGCUUCUCCGCUCUACUAUUUUUUUUAUUAUCGCACUCCACUAUCGGAGAGAACGCUCCUCUCUUCCUCCUCCAUCGUCCUGCCGAGAACCCCCUUCUUCUUCUCUUCCUCCUUUUCAUCCUAUAGAGGACCCCCCCAUACAACCGCGACAGGCUGAGACCCUCCAUCAGGCUCCAGUUUGUAUUUUUUUUCUCUUUUUUUGGGGGGGGGAACUCCAGAGGGGGGCCGUGCGAGCAGAGCAACCCGACAAGCGCCGCCGAGCUUCCGCAGAAAAGAGGGACCUAGAUUUCCUUGUGGUUGCACGUCAAGAAUGGUUACUAUAAUCAGCACCAUGGAAACCCAGGUGUCCAACGGUCCGAGCGGAACCAGUCUGCCCAACGGCCCAGUCAUCAGCACCAACGGCGCAACGGACGACAGCAAAACCAACCUGAUUGUCAACUACCUGCCCCAGAACAUGACGCAGGAAGAGUUCAAGAGCUUGUUCGGUAGCAUCGGCGAGAUCGAGUCCUGCAAGCUUGUCCGGGACAAGAUAACAGGUCAGAGUCUGGGGUACGGCUUCGUCAACUACGUGGAUCCGAACGACGCCGACAAGGCCAUCAACACACUUAAUGGUCUCAAACUACAGACUAAAACAAUCAAGGUAUCAUAUGCACGGCCAAGCUCUGCUUCUAUCCGUGAUGCAAACCUCUACGUCAGUGGUCUCCCCAAGACCAUGAGCCAGAAGGACAUGGAACAACUCUUCUCCCAAUACGGUCGCAUCAUCACAUCUCGCAUUUUAGUGGACCAAGUUACAGGCAUAUCACGAGGAGUGGGCUUCAUCCGGUUUGACAAACGAAACGAGGCGGAGGAGGCCAUCAAGGGUCUGAACGGACAGAAGCCUCUGGGCGCUGCCGAGCCCAUCACCGUCAAGUUUGCCAACAACCCCAGCCAGAAGACAGGCCAGGCCUUGCUGACUCAGCUGUAUCAGACGGCCGCCCGACGCUACACGGGGCCCCUGCACCACCAGACGCAGCGUUUCAGCGUGAUCCCUUCUCUGGGAAAGGGACCAGAUCCAAAUAACAGCUCAAAACCAAUACUCGACAAUUUACUAAACGCCAGCUACGGAGUCAAGAGAUUCUCCCCGAUCACCAUCGACAGCAUGACCAGCCUCGCCGGCGUCAACCUCACCGGUCCCACCGGAGCCGGCUGGUGUAUCUUCGUGUACAACCUAUCGCCCGAGGCGGACGAAAGUGUCCUGUGGCAGCUCUUUGGGCCGUUCGGCGCAGUCACCAACGUCAAGGUCAUCCGUGACUUUACCACCAACAAAUGUAAGGGCUUUGGUUUUGUCACCAUGACCAACUACGACGAGGCGGCCAUGGCGAUCGCGAGCCUUAACGGCUACCGCCUGGGCGACCGCGUGCUGCAGGUUUCUUUCAAGACCAGCAAGCAGCACAAGGCUUGAGAGAGGGGCCAUUGGGCGCCAGCACCUUUGACCUGCACGGGGUGGGGGGCUAACCGGGUCUCCCCGUGCCAUCACUUUAUAUAUGGGCCUGGACUGAGUCUCUCUCUGACGCUUUCGCACACAAAUCCACGAUAUAUAAUCGCAGAACCCACAGACACGUGCAAACACGGAUACCGACACACAUGACCAAACCUAUCCAUAGGCAAGUAUCCACCAGUAGAGUUUCAACCAAACACACUAGUGGAGUUUUUCCGUUCUCUUUCCACAACACGCUAGAACCUUCCCUGUCUUUGCCUGGAUUGAAUUAGAAGCGGUACGUAGCUGGUUUGUUGGGUAAAAAAAAAGGUUAAGAGCUAUCUAUUUAGGAGACAGUCGAAUGAAUGUGACAACGAAUGUGUGCUUUGAUUGAAUUCAGGCAAAUGAUGGCAACUGAUGAACAAAAGACAAAAAGAAUAUCGAUCAAAUUUUUUAACAAAUAUGUGCAAUUUACCCCAAACUUUUACCCCUAUAAUCUCUGCCGGUAUCACGCUGGAGAAGAUGUACUCAUUUUUGUUUCUUUUCUUUUUUUUACACUUGGGCAUUUUGAAAUCAGUGACUUUUUUAAGAUCAAAGAAAAUGAAAUUAAGACACAGUGUUCUCUUAUAUACGUCUAUCGAAAAUAUAACUAUAUAUUCAAUAUACAGGUAUAAGGUGGUAAUAAUAGCCGUAUAUGUAAGCAUUUUCUAAAAACCUCGACUACUGUUUCCUGACCUGCUUUAGGCGGUGCCGAGGGUAAAGGCAGAUUCUCCACCCUAUGUGAGCAUGUUCGCUCUGACCCAAUGCCAUUUAAGUAAGCUUGUGAAUCUGGGAAGUGGAAUUAGAAAUUCGUCCCCAUCCCGCAGUGUCACCCCAAACGAGUCGAGUCCACUCGAGCAAAAUAAUUCCUAAACUAUCCUCAAGGUGGAAUAAACCGAAGCAGACUCUUUGUAUUCUCAAAGCUGAGGGGCGAGGGGGUACAUCAAGAACUCGCUGAUGGGCUUGAGAUCGAUUAUCCGCUCAAUUUCGAAAUGACAUUUUUUGCUUUUGUUUUUGCAACGCUUUAAGCGCAUCUGUGCGUAAUCUGGCAUGAGAUGCUUCGGGCGAUCAAAACAUUUGAAGAAACAUACGAACCUAAACCACACACCUGACACGAUGGUUCUUGCCGGCUGACAAAGUAAUAACAUUUAAAUCGGCUUGUCAGAUCUGCAGAGAAAUAACGCGCUUUGACCGACGCUUCUCGGUUUUUAUCCCUUUCGAACAACAACUCGAUGGCUUCGCCGCCAAACUCCCGCCCUAACAAGACAACCGAGUAACAUCGAGACGAUAAAUAGUGUCGAACUUGCACUUCUGAUUGAUUUGCAUCACGUUUCUCAAAAUAUCUCCAACCCAGUGACGUGGAAUUUAUUACCGGCACCCUUGAAGGAACAUUAAGGGCCCGCCCGUCUGAUCUGAAGUGUCUGUCACAGCUCUACCAUGGGGAGGGGCAAACGUCUUUCGAUAUCUGCCCACGGUCUUAGAUUAGAUAGGGUCAACUAUAUUCAAGACAGGUUCUGCUUUUUGCUUUUCUAAAUGACGCUGUGUUAGCCAAAGAGGACGAUCUCUUUGAAAGGAUUACAUUAGAGAUAAAUCUAUUUUUAUACAUACAAAGGAACAAGACCUUGUGCUGAAUUUUUACAGAUUCUUAAGCUUGGGAAAAAAAAAAAAAUUGGGACAUCGCAUGGCUUUAUUUUAAACCCUCUGAUGUUUGCCGCCGUGAGAGGGAAGGGAAACGAGCAUGCGGUGUGCGGGUGGGGAUGUCGGGAUGGGGCAGAGGAACAUUGUAUCGCAACACACCAACUUAAACCGCUCGACCGUGGCUAACGUUUUGAAGACAAACUUGACAGUUAAGAAGAACACAACCGAAUCUGACAUCAAAUAAAAACUAGGUCAAGCUGAACCGUUCGGGGAUACGGCACGCAUUUAUUCUAUGGAGUGCUCGCAACUCGUGUACAGUGUUGCUUCGUGCUAGCUCUUUGACGUGCGAAUCCCAGACGGGGGAAAAAAAUAUAAAAAAAUAGUGCGGUGAGACCAUCUCAUUGCCCGGCUGACAAAACGAAUCGCUGCUUGCAACGCAAAAAAACAAAAACGUGCAGAUUUGAAAUGACAAUGCGGCCUUGCGGUGACCACCGAGCACGAUUCCUUGGAUAGAUUUGAUUUUUUUGCCAAAGAGUUUGCUUUGCAAGUCUGUGAAACUUUAAUCUAUCACAACAACCUCCCUCCCUCCCCCCGCCGCCCUGAUUAAUUGCUGUACAAAUCUGUUAUUUAUGCCGUCUUUAAGGACCCUCUCCACACUUUUUGAACAUCUCUCCUGCGCAUAUCAAUUGUGGAUCCUAAAACCCAGUGAGCUCUAUUACGCUGAUACAUCCCAGCAGCGAGCAAAUCCCAUUUGCACACAUUUCACGCAGACGACGAACGUUAAGAAGGCAUAUCAGAAACAAGCCAUGAAUCGCAUCACCUCUCUUAAGUCAGCAUUGGAUCGAGUUUUACCUCCCUCGAUAUUUCCAUCAUCAGCUUUUGUCUCACCACCGAUUUGAUCCAUAGACUCAUCACGCCGCUUCAAAUACUUCAUCUUUGUCGAUCUCACCGCUGUUAUUUAGCAGGACUAAUACGGCUAUUUUCGGUCGGGCAUUAGCGCCCGGAUACCGAGUAUGUUCGCUUUUGAGAUCAGAGCCGUUCAAUGUAUCU